CCUGGCCCCCUGCGGCCUACCUGCCCUUAGUGUCCGACAUCUUUCCCCCUUUGCAGACAUCACGACACCUGCAGCUCUUUCUCGUGUGUUAAUGCAUAUAUCAAGCGAAGACUUCUCGAUUCUACACUCUGAUGGUCUGAACGGACUUACCUAUCUAUUAUUCUUGCCUAAUUUCCCAUUCCUGAUACUGUACCUAGCCCCAGACAUGCAAGGUUGGACGGUCGCAGACAGAUGCUUCACCUACGAUGACGAGACCUUCACCAAGCGAGACCUUUUAGAAUCCGAACGCCCAACUGGCUGGCAAGGCCACCCUGUGAAAACACCAUGGAGUUCCGUGCGGCUUCAGAAUGAGCAUGCGGCGCUCGCAUUCAUUCGAGACAACACUACGAUCCCUGUCCCGAAAAUUCUCGAGUUCAAGAGCAUCAGUAGCGAAGGCACUUACCAGCUGAAAAUGGAGCGCGUGUACGGAACACCUCUUUCUAAAAUCAGGGCGGGUAAAGAGCAGGCUACCAAGGCUGUUGAUGAGUACAUCACACAAUUUGUCCUUCCCCAGCUGCACAGUUUGAGGUCCCGCAAUGUGGGCGCCCUAACUGGCGACAUCAUUCCUCCCAUGCGUCUGUGGGGGCAACCCGGAUCCCGUCAGUGGACCCCAUGGAAAUCUUGGUCGAAAACAAACGUCUUUGUCCAUAAUGAUCUCGGUCAACAGAAUAUACUUGUGGACGACAACUUCAAUGUGGUUGGCAUCGUGGAUUGGGAAUGUUCGGGCUUCUACCCGGAUUAUUUUGAGGCGCCGCUAUGGACCAAAUCGCUCGACGACGAGGGUUACUUUGAUAUUGACGCCCACAAUAUCCCCCGACUGGUCGAGUUCCUUUCGCAGAGAGAACGCCGGCCACUGUGGCUCCGCGAUUCAAUUUUAUCCUCUUUUCUCUGAAGGAAAACAAGGUCGAGGAUAAAAACUAUUUUUGAUCAUGGAUGUUUCAUCUGACUUCUUCAUCUAACGAAUGUAUCUCGCCAACCCCCCACAGAUCUUCUGGUGGUGGAGCCGGUAGUGAGGCUACUGGCGGUGCUUAUAAAGGACCGGAGUGGCGCCGGUAUUCAAUGGCCUCUGCGGCAGGCGGACGCGGCGGCGGCUAUGUAGCGUCAAUCUCGAAAACUACGGCACACAAGAGAACGCAGUGGCAUUCACACUCACAUUCACCAUCUCAACCUGCUUGGCAGUGCAGAUAUAACGUUUUUGCAAUGUCCGAAAUGUCGAAUCACCUAGUAGUAGUCCCGAAUUGGGCUCUUCCGAACAUGUGAAUCCAACGCAGAACUGCCAGUGGGUCCACCUUGAAAAGACCAAGUUAUGGGUCUCUAUAAAGUGCUCACGACGAUACUCAUCAGGCUGUUCAGCGAAUGGCUCAGGGCCGCAGCGGCUUAGUCACGACCCAUAUCGAAUGGCAGGUCACUCAGGACUAGAAACAAAGUUGGAUUUUGGAAAAGGUCAAGAUUCGCUGCCGAGGACAGUGGUAUAUCCUAUUUUUUGUCCUUUAUGUAUCGGUCGAGCCUUCAUGAUUUCACACCGGACCGUUGCUACAUACAGUAUCUCGCUCCCUAUCUGUCUGCUGACUGGGCAACUGCACCGGACCUGUUCCUACGGCUUUUUACUAGAACGCCCAGCUCAGUGCGGUGCAGCCCGGGUGUUGGAGGUUGAGAACAAAAUUUGCACUGCCACUGCCACUUCUUGUGAGUCGUGACCAUAAAACAUGACGUGUGGUGCGUAGGCAUUUUGGCAUUCUGACAAGAGAGGCUCGGACACGACCUUUCACGAUAAUCCUAUACUCUCAUUAAAGGGUCAAUAAUGACCUUGAGAAGUCAGGGGUGGACUAACUGGCUGGCCGGAUUGGCUGGGUAUGCGGUAUGUUUGAAAACCCUGGCUCCUGUCUCCUACGCGUUGUCAAGUUUCCGAAAUUUGCGCCGGUAAAAUUACCGAUACAGCCUCUUCCAGUAAUUGGGGUACGAGAGAAUCCGGGCGCUGAUGAAGCCGGCUUCCUCUAUCUGGGCUU